AUGUAUGUACUGCGGAAUGGUAAAAAUAAAUGUGGUGAAGACCUGCAAAAGCAAUGUUCUAGAGUUCCAGAUUCAAAAGAAAAAGAAUGUAUAGAAGACUUCUGCACAAUCGAUGGCAAAAAAUACAAAAUACACGAGCCGAUACCUAGUUAUCACAGAUGUAUCAGAUGUGAGUGCGGUAAAGAUCUGCAGAUGCAUUGUUCUAGACAAUCAGAUUCAGGAGAAGAAGAAUGUAACUUUUGCAACAUUGAUGGCAGAAAAUAUCAAAUUCAUGAGCCAGUACCUAGUCAUCAUAGAUGUAUAAAAUGUGAGUGUGGUGAGGACUUGCAAAAGACUUGUUCUAGAGAAAGGCAAUGUGACACUGAGCAUCUCUGCAAUAUCGAUGGCAUGACCUACAGAAUUCAUGAGCCAGUACCAAGUCACAGCAGAUGUUUCAGAUGUAAGUGUGGCGAAAACCUGCAAAAGCAAUGUUUUAGAGUUCCAGAUUCAAAAGAAAAAGAAUGUAUAGAAGACUUCUGCACAAUCGAUGGCAAAAAAUACAAAAUACAUGAGCCGAUACCUAGUCAUCAUAGAUGUAUCAGAUGUGAGUGCGGUAAAGAUCUGCAGAUGCAUUGUUCUAGAGACUCAGAUUCAGGAGAAGAAGAAUGUAACUUCUGCAACAUCGAUGGCAGAAAAUAUCGAAUUUAUGAGCCAGUACCUAGUCAUCAGAGAUGUAUGACAUGUGAGUGUGGUGAGGACCUGCAAAAGUCUUGUUCUAGAGAAAGGCAAUGUGAGCCUCUCUGCAAUAUCGAUGGCAUGACCUACAGAAUUCACGAGCCAGUACCAAGUCACAGCAGAUGUUUCAGAUGUAAAUGUGGUGAAGACCUGCAAAAGCAAUGUUCUAGAGUUCCAGAUUCAAAAGAAAAAGAAUGUAUAGAAGACUUCUGCACAAUCGAUGGCAAAAAAUACAAAAUACACGAGCCGAUACCUAGUUAUCACAGAUGUAUCAGAUGUAAGUGUGGCGAAAACCUGCAAAAGCAAUGUUUUAGAGUUCCAGAUUCAAAAGAAAAAGAAUGUAUAGAAGACUUCUGCACAAUCGAUGGCAAAAAAUACAAAAUACAUGAGCCGAUACCUAGUCAUCAUAGAUGUAUCAGAUGUGAGUGCGGUAAAGAUCUGCAGAUGCAUUGUUCUAGAGACUCAGAUUCAGGAGAAGAAGAAUGUAACUUCUGCAACAUCGAUGGCAGAAAAUAUCGAAUUUAUGAGCCAGUACCUAGUCAUCAGAGAUGUAUGACAUGUGAGUGUGGUGAGGACCUGCAAAAGUCUUGUUCUAGAGAAAGGCAAUGUGAGCCUCUCUGCAAUAUCGAUGGCAUGACCUACAGAAUUCACGAGCCAGUACCAAGUCACAGCAGAUGUUUCAGAUGUAAAUGUGGUGAAGACCUGCAAAAGCAAUGUUCUAGAGUUCCAGAUUCAAAAGAAAAAGAAUGUAUAGAAGACUUCUGCACAAUCGAUGGCAAAAAAUACAAAAUACACGAGCCGAUACCUAGUUAUCACAGAUGUAUCAGAUGUGAGUGCGGUAAAGAUCUGCAGAUGCAUUGUUCUAGACAAUCAGAUUCAGGAGAAGAAGAAUGUAACUUUUGCAACAUUGAUGGCAGAAAAUAUCAAAUUCAUGAGCCAGUACCUAGUCAUCAUAGAUGUAUAAAAUGUGAGUGUGGUGAGGACUUGCAAAAGACUUGUUCUAGAGAAAGGCAAUGUGACACUGAGCAUCUCUGCAAUAUCGAUGGCAUGACCUACAGAAUUCAUGAGCCAGUACCAAGUCACAGCAGAUGUUUCAGAUGUAAGUGUGGCGAAAACCUGCAAAAGCAAUGUUUUAGAGUUCCAGAUUCAAAAGAAAAAGAAUGUAUAGAAGACUUCUGCACAAUCGAUGGCAAAAAAUACAAAAUACAUGAGCCGAUACCUAGUCAUCAUAGAUGUAUCAGAUGUGAGUGCGGUAAAGAUCUGCAGAUGCAUUGUUCUAGAGACUCAGAUUCAGGAGAAGAAGAAUGUAACUUCUGCAACAUCGAUGGCAGAAAAUAUCGAAUUUAUGAGCCAGUACCUAGUCAUCAGAGAUGUAUGACAUGUGAGUGUGGUGAGGACCUGCAAAAGUCUUGUUCUAGAGAAAGGCAAUGUGAGCCUCUCUGCAAUAUCGAUGGCAUGACCUACAGAAUUCACGAGCCAGUACCAAGUCACAGCAGAUGUUUCAGAUGUAAAUGUGGUGGAGACCUGCAAAAGCAAUGUUCUAGAGUUCCAGAUUCAAAAGAAAAAGAAUGUAUAGAAGACUUCUGCACAAUCGAUGGCAAAAAAUACAAAAUACACGAGCCGAUACCUAGUUAUCACAGAUGUAUCAGAUGUGAGUGCGGUAAAGAUCUGCAGAUGCAUUGUUCUAGACAAUCAGAUUCAGGAGAAGACAAGCAGCUUUAUGAAUGA